AUGUCAAAUUCGAGACCUACUACGCCAAUUGGGGACAGGAGGCAGUCCAAUAGGCGUCAUCUGAGAAGGUCGUCCGGAAUCCCGCUUCCGUCUCCAUCACCACACCAUUAUCCCAUUGAUCCUGACAACCUUCCCAUGGACUGUCCCGAAAUUACAUCCAAAUUUAGGGACUUGGCAGAUGGAUUUGAGGACUUGGAUGUAAAUGUCAGAGACUUAAACCACAUACAUGAUGCUGUUUCAAAUCAGUUCAAUGAAUCCUUUGCGAGCUUUUUGUAUGGACUAUCCAUCACAAUGUGGUGUGUCGACCUCCCCAAGUGCCCAUCACAAAAGGCAUGGCAGAGGCUACAGAUGAGGAAAAAGAAGAAAGAGCAUAUUGCGGAGUUGAGGAGGAAAAUCGAAGAUGCCGAAAAGUUGAAUAUUGAGUUGAAGGAGAAAUUAGUUAAAGAAACUAGACCGGUGUCGCAAUCACGCUCGCUGUCUGCGCGUCUCCCCUCGUCGAGAAGGUUACAUGCAAAUGAUGAAAAUGCACAUCCACGCGGAAAUGCCAUGAGAAAGCCAAAUAGCACCGCCACCAGAGUGUCUAGGAUACCUCAGCCUGUGAGAGCCUACCAACCUAGUAUUCAUUCAAGUAGUCAUGGACCAAAUUUGAACCAGCCGCCAAGGUACAUGCGGGGUCUUUUCGAUAAUAGUGGAGCGGCAACAUCAAUAAGGAAAAGCAAUGCACCACCCCAAACCACACAGCAGACACAAAAAUGGAAUCAAAGACCGCCAUUCAGAUAG